UCUGUACUUCGAGAAAAUGCCUGAACCAGCCAAGUCCGCGCCCAAGAAGGGCUCCAAGAAGGCCGUCACCAAGGCUCCCGGCAAGGGCGGUAAGAAGAGGCGUAGAGGGAGGAAGGAGAGCUACGCCAUCUACGUCUACAAGGUGCUCAAACAGGUGCACCCUGACACUGGCAUCUCCUCCAAGGCCAUGAGCAUCAUGAACUCAUUCGUCAACGACAUCUUUGAACGCAUCGCAUCGGAGGCGUCCCGUCUCGCUCAUUACAACAAGCGGUCGACUAUCACAUCCAGGGAGAUCCAGACCGCUGUGCGUCUCCUGCUGCCCGGUGAGCUGGCUAAGCACGCAGUGUCUGAGGGCACCAAGGCCGUCACUAAGUACACCAGCUCCAAGUAAACUGCUCCAGUAGAACCCCAACAACCAACGGCUCUUUUAAGAGCCACACACCUCCUCUGCAGAGCAAGCUACCUUUUUAAUGUACCUAUUUCUUCACUGUAAAUGAAGUAAUGUAAGUAGAAGUUUAGAUAAUUGUAGGCAUCAUCACUUGUACAAAGUCUAUGAAAUGAAAAAUUAAUUAGAACCUACAUGUAGCGUGACGUGUCACAGCUAUGUAAGUCCAAGUAUUAUAAGUAUUACAUUAUAAGUAUUAUAUAAGUCCAACUAUUCUUAUAACAAUGUUGGUAUUAAUACCAAUAUGUUGGUAUUACAAAUUUCCCCACUGAGGGACAAAUAAAUGCAUAUCUUAAUAUCGACAUUUGACUGAUUGCACGGGA